AUGCUCCAAACACAAGAGCAGGCAGCCAACAAUGACUUGAACAACCCUGCAGUGCAAGCCGACUUUUACCGGAUGUUGCUUGCCAACAACUACCCCCACAUCGUUGUUCAGAGGUACGAGACCCCUGGUAUCGCACAAUCCCCAGACUGUACCAGCUUGUAUGUGGACGCCCUUAACAAGUUAGGCAAGAAGGGCAGAGCCGAGCAGAUUGCCAACACUGCUGUGUUAUCGGGCGCUCCUGCAGUGGGCCAGCCAGCAAGUGGCGGCUUACCUCAUGGCUUUGGUUCCAGAUACGAACCAGUUCACGUUAUUGUAUCUGAAUCUAUAUGGACCAUGCUCUCCAAGUGGUUGAAGUGGUUGAUUCCUGUUGCCUUGGUCACCUACGGAGCAACGAAUGCUUUUAACUACUUGGCCGAAAAUGGUACCAUUUUCAAGAACAGCGAAGUCAGUGAUAAGUCCGUUGAUGUUUCCCAUUCUACCGUCAGAUUCAAUGAUGUUCAAGGGUGUGAUGAGGCGCGUGCCGAGUUGGAAGAAAUUGUCGAUUUUUUGAAAGACCCAUCCAAGUUCACAGGGUUGGGUGGUAAAUUACCAAAAGGUGUUUUGUUAACCGGUCCUCCCGGUACCGGUAAGACUUUGUUGGCCAGAGCAACUGCGGGCGAAGCAGGUGUUCCAUUUUUCUUUAUGUCUGGAUCCGAGUUUGAUGAAUUAUACGUUGGUGUGGGUGCAAAAAGGAUCAGAGAAUUAUUUACACAAGCUAGGGAAAAGUCACCUGCUAUUAUUUUUAUUGAUGAGUUAGAUGCUAUUGGAGGAAAGAGAAAUCCAAAAGAUCAAGCUUAUGCUAAGCAGACCCUUAACCAAUUGUUAGUUGAACUCGAUGGAUUUUCUCAAACUGAAGGUAUCAUUAUUAUUGGUGCUACCAACUUCCCCGAAUCCUUAGAUAAAGCCUUGACACGUCCGGGCCGUUUCGACAAAGAAGUCAUUGUGGAAUUGCCAGAUGUAAGAGGCCGUGUUGAUAUCUUGAAGCACCACAUGCAAAACGUUGAAACCGCCGAAGAUGUGGACCCUUCAAUUUUGGCUAGAGGUACUCCAGGAUUAAGUGGUGCAGAAUUAAUGAACUUAGUCAAUCAAGCUGCCGUUCAUGCUUCCCAAUUGUCAGCACCAGCUGUGGAUAUGGGCCACUUUGAGUGGGCCAAAGAUAAGAUUUUGAUGGGUGCUGCCAAAAAGAAGAUGGUCAUCACAGAAGAAUCGCGCAUCAAUACUGCCUACCACGAAGCUGGACAUGCCAUCAUGGCAAUGUACAGUGCUGGAGCAACACCCUUGUACAAAGCCACCAUCUUGCCUCGUGGUCGUGCAUUGGGUGUUACGUUCCAAUUGCCAGAAAUGGACAAGGUGGACAUGAGUCGUAAAGAGUGUUUUGCUCGUCUUGAUGUUUGUAUGGGAGGCAAGAUAGCGGAGGAGAUGAUCAAUGGUAUAGAGAACGUCACUAGUGGAUGUUCUAGCGACUUGGCCAACGCUACCAGUGUUGCUAGAGCCAUGGUGACCUCUUACGGGAUGAGUCACAAGAUUGGCCCGGUGAGAUUGAGCGACAACUGGGAGUCGUGGUCCCAAGAAAUACGAAACAUGGCCGACAACGAGGUCCGGGACUUUUUGAUCGAGAGUGAAAACCGGACCCGUAAGCUCUUGAAACAAAAGGACUUAGAGUUGAAGCGGUUGGCCGAAGGGCUCUUGGAGUACGAAACAUUAACGCGUGACGAAAUGGAAAAGCUCGUGAGAGGUGAGAAGAUCAAGAAAGAGAAGAGUAUCAGUAACACAGUGAUCAAGAGCAAGUCCAAGGAAAAGAAGGAUUUGAUUGAUACCAUACCUGUUGAGGUAUAA